AGAUCACGCGCGUAACACAUUGCACAUGAAUAAGGAAGCUGCAGCCUGCUGUGAGAAAUAUUUAAAUUCUUUAUGUUAUCAAAUAUCAUCCACGUCAAUGUUAAAAGUUGGCGAUAUUUUUCUGACGAUAUAUGAUCAUGAUAUCAAGAAACAUUCCUUCCAUCUAAUAAAACGGAAGCAACAUUAUGUCUGUCUUGCGCUCAGACAUGACAACUAAUGGUUUUAAGUUGAUGAGAUUAAUUGUUGAUGUUGGUGGAGAAGCUUUAAGAAUAACAUUGAGGAAACAACUGUCAGGUACUGAUUUAUUUUAUGCUUUAAAUGAUCCCGAAAAUGCACAACUCCUUUCAAGUCUAAAGAAUAGACAAAUCCAGCAACAUCAAUGGGAUCUACUGUAUCCAGAUCCUCCAAUAUUACCAAAUGAAAAUAAGUUUGACAUUACUUUACUUUGUAUUCUCCUGCGUAAUAUUUGUGGUUUAAAACCACCUCGUGAUCCAAUAUGGACGUCAGUAAAUGACCCCACUGAUUAUUCAACUGAAGCAGAUAUUACCCGUAUCAGGUUAUUUCGUAAUGAUCGUUUUGCUCACUUAUCUAACACUUCAGUAAACUUUGUUGAAUUUGAAGAUUUUUGGGUAAAAAUAAGCGAACCAAUAGUUCGUUUAGGAAUAAGUCAGGAGGAAAUAGAUAGAAUAACGAGUGAGUCGUAUGGUAAUGAAAAAUAUAAAAGGAUUUUGAGAGAAUGGGAUGAAUUAAAGAGUGAUUUAGAAGUUUUAAAAUCAGAUCACAAAGAAAUGAAGAAUACCUUAGAGGAUGUCGGUGCGAAUGUUGUGAAAGUGAUAGAUAAAUUAGCAUUAGUAGGAGAUGAUAUUAAAGGAAUCAAAGCUUGUGGACAUGGACUUACUUCUGUUUCAGAAGAAGAUGUUUUGACAAAAAACCUUGUUAGCUGUAACUUUGAAAGUGAAAUUAAGCAUCAUUAUGAAAAAUACUUAACUGGAACACGUGAAUGGGUUUUCAAAGAGUUUUUGGAUUGGUUUGAAGACGAUACUUCUCAAAAUCGUGCAUUUGUUAUUUCUGCUGUUGCUGGUAUGGGUAAAUCUGUAAUUGCAGCUACUUUAUGUAAACGUUAUCCUCAUUACUCGACUGCAGUUCAUUUCUUUCAACACAACAACAGUCGUUACAAUAAAGCCAAUGUACUUCUUCAAUCUUUAGCGUUGCAAAUUAGUCGUAAUUUUCCUGCUUACAAAAAACUUCUUGUGAAAAAACUUUCAGGUCAACUCUCUGAGCCUUUGAAUAACAUGAAUGUUGAAGGAUUAUUUUCCCUUCUUUUCACCGAGUUGUUUUAUAAUAUCUCAGAAGUUCCCAAGCGAAUGUUAGUUGUGCUUGACGCUCUUGAUGAAUGUGGUUAUCCAGAAAGAGAUGACCUUGCUUAUUUACUUGCUAAUCACUUACACAAACUUCCGCCUUGUUUUCGCUUUGUAAUUACAACCAGACCUAACGAAGUUGCUUUGAGUAAGUUCGAAAAAUUAAAUCCACUGUUCAUUAAUUGUAGCGAUGAUCGCAAUUUAAAGGAUAUUAAAUUAUUGAUUGAAGAUAGAGUUUGCUCUACUGACAGCCUUCCUGACAUUAUAAACAGUUUGGCAGAAAAAGCUGACGGACUUAUGUUGCUUGCAUCGCUUCUUAGCAGCGAAGUCAAAAAUCAGGAUUUGUUGAAAGGUUCUAUACCAAAAGAUCUCAGUGAAUAUUACGAAAUUUGCUUAACAAGAUUAAGUAAGGAAUUAGAUUCGUUUGAUAUCAGUAACGAAAAGUUUCAGUUAAUUUUAAAUGCUCUGGCUGUUGCUAAAGAACCUCUUCCUUGGAAAAUGAUCGAUGAUGUUCUUUGUUUGAAUUCGAAUCGCAUAUCACUUGGGGCUAGAAAGACUAUCUCUUGUCUGUUUGUUAGCAAUGAAGAAGGAUGUGUUUCGUUUUUUCACAAAUCCUUAAAUGAUUGGUUGUUGGAUGAUCGAGAACAUGAUUACUCAGUAAAAACUUCUUGCGGUCAUCGACUUGUUUUAGAAUUUUGUUUAAAAUCUUUGGAUAACCUCAAAGCUGAAGGUGUAAACUAUGACAUCAUCAAAGAUGCGUCAGUGAGGUAUUCAGUCAAGUAUUGGUUGCUUCAUUUACUUGAUAUUUCUGAUAAUGAUUAUAUCGUUGAAAAUGUUGGUAAAUAUCUUGUUGACUUAGAAGUUUUAGUUGCUUCUGUGUUGGUUGAUGGUCGUCGGACUUUUGAAAAUUUUUUUUUAUUCAACUUACAUGAUGUGUACUUUCUUUUAGCUGAAGACAUUCGAUUGUUAUUUAAUGAAGUCUAUUCUGUAAUGACGUACUCUAAUUGCUUUGACAAUGAAGUAAAUUUUUUGCAAAACGUUGCCAACGACGUGAAAUAUCUGUCGUCUCAAGCCACCACAAUGCUUCAAACGCGUUUCAAAGAUUCACCAUAUCUAGAGUGGAGAGACUCGGAUUUUGUUAAGGCUCGAUUGUUACGUUUAAAUCAAAAUUUGAUCUCUGUUAAUGUUUCACGAAAUCAUGAUUACGUCGUCUGUGGUUAUCUUGGGUUCGUCGUGCAACUUUUUUCAAUGAGAAUAAACAGAUGUUUAUGGAUAAAAAAUAUUACUUGUCAGCUUAAGGAAUAUGAAGAGAAAGUCUUUUGCGUUGUCUUUCAUCCAUUCGAAGAUUUGAUUUUUGCUUCCCAGCUUGAUAAGAUAUUAGAUAUUAAUGGUAAAAUUUCCUCCAGUCCGUUCCAUUGUGAUGAUUCUACUUCUAAGUUCUUUACCAACAAAUGUUUUUCUAAGGAUAAGUACACAAUGGUCACUAGUUACAAAGAUACUUUGACAGUAUGGGACGUUGAGAAAGGUGAGAAGAAACGCAGUAUUAGAUGUAAUAAUGUGACCUCACUGUGUUUUUCUAAUUCUGGAAGAUAUUUGUGUGUUAUUGUGGAAAAAAAAGUGGUUCAAAUAUUUGAUGUAGCAAAUAAUUAUGAAACAUUCGUUUACGACGUUCAUUUACCGUUUGUUUUUUCAAGUGAUUGUUCUGAUUUGUUAACUGUUGGUCUUCAUUCUUGGUAUUGUUGUAGGCAUCCUUUCUUCCUGAGUGAACCUUUAUUUGUAAAUCCCACUGGUGAGAAAAUUUUUCCUCUUAAUCCUUUCAAUGACAGAUUACGGUUUUCCUUUAAGGGUUCUGAAAUGUUAUCUGUUAUUUUAAAUAACGACAAUGCUCUUUUGUUUGAAUACGGAAUUGGCUUUUAUCUUUAUUCAAUAGCACGUGCAUGUUUAACUAACAGUUACAGUUUUUAUAACGAGAAAUUUUGCUCAAAUGAAAAAUUUCUGUAUCGGAGCAAUGUAGAAAAUUCAAGUGUAAUUUUAUACAAUCUCAGCACAUUUGACUUUGUUGUCAAGGAAUGUUUUGUUAGUGACAUGGUUUCUGUAGAAAAUGGAGUUAUUUUGCUUACGGAAAAAAAUACUCCUGAGCUUUGGAAUGAUGAUUUGACAAAACUUGUUUAUAGUUUCGAUGAACUAAAAGGUCCCGGAACAAUGCGUAAAAAUCAUCUUGCCACGAGAAUAAAUUUGAUCUUUGAUGAGACCGCAGUGUACGAUAAUGUCAACAUUGAGAGAGAUCAUGUAUAA